AUUGCUGCACUAGGUCACAAAUUAAGUUUCCAGGACUCAUUGAAUCAUGGCUUCUUCCCUUCGAUCAUGGAGCUUGUGCUUCUUAAUGGCAUCCAUAUUGGCAAUCAGCAGCAAGUCAACAAUGGCAAACUUCCAACCGAGCCCGUGGCAACUUGCCCAUGCAACCUUUUAUGGUGACGAAACAGCCUCCGAGACCAUGGGGGGAGCUUGUGGGUAUGGAAAUCUAUUUGCUAAUGGUUACGGAACAGAUACAGCAGCCUUAAGCUCAACUUUGUUCAACAAUGGAUACGCUUGUGGGACUUGUUACCAGAUAAAGUGCUUUCAAUCACCGUGGUGCUAUAGUGGGGUAACAUUCACAACAGUAACCGCUACGAACCUUUGCCCACCAAAUUGGUCACAGGACUCCAAUGCUGGUGGGUGGUGCAACCCACCUCGAGUCCACUUUGACAUGUCCAAGCCUGCUUUUAUGAAAAUUGCUCAAUGGCAGGCCGGCAUUGUCCCAGUCAUGUACCGCAGGGUACCAUGUGGAAGGACCGAUGGCCUUAGAUUCUCUUUCCAAGGAAAUGGGUACUGGUUGUUGGUGUAUGUGAUGAACGUUGGAGGUGGAGGAGACAUUGCUAAUAUGUGGGUGAAGGGAAGCCAAACAGGGUGGAUAAGCAUGACCCAUAAUUGGGGAGCUUCAUACCAAGCAUUUGCAACUCUUGGAGGCCAACCUCUUUCCUUUAGGAUCACCUCUUACACAACCCAGGAGAUUAUUAUAGUUUGGAAUGUCGCCCCUGCUAAUUGGCAAGUAGGAUUGACUUAUGGAACCAGUCUCAACUUCCAUUGAUAUACAACUUCACCAUGGCCUCUGAAACAAAGCAAUGGUUUUUGAACUGUUAACAAUAGUGGCCAACUUAGGAACACCAAUAUAUAUCAAGUUUUAUUUCUUCUUUUUUUUUUUUUUUUAUUAUAAUUAUUUGCUGAGUACAUGUUUUACCGGUCUAGUUUGCCAAGACAAUGGUAAUUGUAAGGAUUUUAUUUCUGUACUGUACCUAUUAUUGUCUAUCUUCACUUCAAAGGAAUGAAACUCUAUCAUUUUUAUA